AGGCUUGUCGACGAAGGCUAAAUUCAUCACAUGCUAUAGACGGCGCAUGGUCUUCAAGACCGGCAUUUACUAGUUAACUAUUUGUUCUUGUCGUAUCGUCAUGAAUGAUGUAUAGAUCUGACUGAUACGAUGCUUCAUCUAGAUUCGCCGCCGCAUAGUUUACAGUGAACGUCUUACGGGCAGUCAAACAGGUUUCUUUGUUUGCAACUUAAAUGGUGUUGGUAAGCUAAUCGAGGACAUUGUGUCUACUUCUGGCUUGUGCUGAGGACUGUGCAGAGGAUGUCAAAUGUGACACUAAGUAUAAUGGAAUAGCUGGGUUGUAAUCGAAAGGGCACCGCAGUAAAUAGUGUGACUGAGGAUUUGUUGGUGAAAGGCUAAACUUUGUCGGGGAUUUUACUCCACAUUGGGGGAUACCCUGUUUCACUCUGAUUAGCUUUGGCUGAAACCUAUCUCCGUCCUUUGUGCUCAGUGAUUGCAAUCAGUGUUUGGUGAUACAUGUUUAUCUGCUGUUGCGAUGAUGUGGCAUGGUCAUUUGCAAUAUAGAUGCUGAUUCUUAGCAAUUGGAAAUUCAUAAACACUCGCGAGGAGUAGUGUCUCAAGCCACCUAUCUAAUUAGAGAUUGAUUUGUACAAUUCUGUCUUUGGCUUUAGUAGAUGGUUCGUUGCCCUUUUCCAAACCUCGCAAACUAUAGGAGUAUUCACACACAUAUUGAAGGCUCUGUGUUAGGUACUCGAAAGAAUUGCCAGCAUCACUUUAGAAAAUUUUGUGGGGCCCAGUGCCUUGGAAGUUUUGUCGCUGCAGAUGAGUUUUGCAACUACGUCCACGCUGAAUUGUUAUGAAUGUUCAUCGGCUCAAUGACCACGGAAGCUGCAAAUGGUUUUGCUCCCGCUCUAUUACUCUCAGAAUGCGAAAUAAUUUGACAGUUAAACACUCCACAGCGUAUGAGACCUUAACGUCCUUCCUACUGGGCUUCAAGUUUUGUGAUUAGUCAGUCAUGCUGACAUAUCGCUUUCUGAAAAUAAAAAAUACAAAUAACUUAAAUUUAGGGUAUUCUCUCUUGUAGAUUUUUUUAAUAUAGCCUUCAAAAAUAAUAAAAUUAAAUGUCAUCACAGGGAAGACUCAACAGUGAUUGGGCUCGUGUUGUACUUUGUGGAUGGAAUAAGAUGCGGUGUCCCCGCGCAUAGCGCACCAUUGCCAUGGCAGCUAAUAAUAAUCUACACAAUCUUCAUGGUAUGCAUCCGCAUGGAACGCAACAAACAAAUAUGUCCCUAAACAACACCAACACUGGCGGUGGUGGCUGUUUAAUGCCACAAAGUGUUAUUGCUUCGACCGGCACGGUUAGCCCUAUGGUGUCACACAUGAAUAUGCACACAGCACAAAAUCCCAUUAAUAAUAAUCAAUCUGCUUGGGAUCAGCUUACAGCUUCUACACACAAUACAACAACAACAGCAACAACAAACUUGCAUAAUACUAAUAAUCACUCCUUGGUAGUUGGAGGAAUAGUAUCCCAAACCCCAUCGAUGUCAACGACAGCAGCAUCGAGUAUUUCGGCAUCUUCAUCCACAACUUCGCUAACAUCUUUAAUACAUCCCGAUCCAAAUGCACCCUCAACUAGUGGCAGUGCUAUGACUAGCCUUAUAACUGGAGCAAAUUCGCCUGCGGGGCCUACAUGUUCGUCACCCUCGACCCCUAUAAAGUCCGGGCCCAAUCCAAUGGAACAAAUGGCUCAUACACCUCAAGGUGGGCCGCCACCCAUGUAUUCGGCUGGUGGUGGUUAUGGCGAAGAAUUGACAGCUGAAUUGGUCAAUCAGGGUUGGAGGAAAUUUUGGUCUAAACGUGAAAACCGCCCCUACUAUUGGAACAAAAUAACCGGAGAGUCAUUGUGGGAAAUGCCUGGAGCAAGACCCUUUGAUCCUCUCACAGAUCCCUUAGGCAUUUCACAUCCUACUGGGCAAAUACCACCAAUGCAUCAUCCACAUCAUCCCCAUAUGCAACAGCAGCAGCAACAACAACAACACCAUCACCAACAACAACAUCACCAUUUGAAACGCAGACCCUCUGACGACAUGCAUUUGCACCCUCAUGGACAUCAUCAGCCACCCAUGAAGAAAUUUGUUUUGGCCGGGCCCUGGGAUCUGGAAGUUGGCACUAAUGCGGUGAUAGUAGAAAGGCCGCCCACACUCUUGCCGCAACCUCAUCCCGAGAUCGAAGCGCUGCGCGCGGCUUACACUAUGAAACUGGUAAAAACCUACGAAGAUCUCUGCAUGCGUAGGGAGAACAUAAAAGCUCCAAAAGAUUCCUUUAAUAGAUGGUUAAUAGAACGUAAAGUAAUUGACACCGGCUGCGAUCCCCUUUUGCCCAGUAAUUGCAUGCCUGAAAUAUCACCGUCUAUGUAUAGAGAAAUAAUGACCGACAUACCCAUUAAGAUAGUUAAGCCGAAAUUUACGGGAGAUGCCCGUAAGCAAUUGUCACGGUACGCAGAAGCAGCCAAAAAUAUCAUCGAGUCACGCUCAGCGCCAGCCGAGUCAAAGAAGGUGGUUAAGUGGAAUGUAGAGGACACUUUCCAAUGGCUGCGACGCACCGUCGGAGCAAGCUAUGAAGAUUUCCAAGAUCGUUUAGCCCACUUACGGAGACAAUGUGAACCACACUUGACCGAAACCGUUAAGGGCUCCGUGGAAGCUUUGUGCGCAAAAAUCUACCAUCUGUCAGCAGAGCAUGCUCGCAAGAUAAGGGAGAGACACAUUGCUCUGCUCAAGGAGCAUGGAAUACCCGAACCAACACCACCACCGCCGCCACCGCAUCUUAAAAAGGUCUGGUGUUAUCCCAUACAAUUUGCUGUGCCGUCUCCUCGAAUGCCGGCUAUUGAAUAUGUCCAGGACAGAGAUCACAUGAUCAUCAAAUACACACCAUCCACCCUAAAUCAACCUGAUGCUCAAUAUAUAAACCUAACCCACUUGCAGAAACUGGAGCAACUGUAUCGUUAUAAUUGUUUUGAUGAUAAAAAAUUCGAUUUAUUCAUAGGUCGAGUUUGGUGUCUUCUAAAACGCUAUCAAACAUUUUUGGGAAAUGUAUUAAACUCUUCACAAGAAGCCGAACUGACACAGGCCUCAUUGCCCACACCAGUCUUUGAGUGUUUACAUCGGCAUUUUGGAGUUAGUUUUGAAUGUUUCGCUUCGCCAUUCAAUUCAUAUUUUCGCCAAUAUUGUUCUGCGUUUGCCGAUACAGAUGCUUACUUUGGAUCCAGAGGGCCAUUUUUGGAUUUUAAACCGGUGUCGGGUUCAUUUCAAGUUAAUCCUCCUCACUGUGAGGAAUUAAUAGAUGCUGCUUUGGCCCAUGUGGAUAAAUUACUUUCAGAGUCCAUGGAACCACUUAGCUUUAUAAUUUUCUUACCAGAGUGGAAGAGUAUAUCUAAAUUGGAAGAAAAUAUUUAUAAGCGUCGCUCUAUGGUGGUUCUUGGAAUGGCUCACGAAUAUCGCCAUGGUUAUCAGCACAUCAUACCAAAAAGUGACGUAAAUGUCAAAUGUAUGCAAGGCACUCAGGUAGUUUGGCUACAAAACAGUGCCGGCAACGCUCGCUGGGGUCCCAAUGAAAAUCGCGUUGAAGCAUUGAGAGAAGCCUUCCGACCGCAACGGGAUCGCGAGCGUGAACGCGAAAGGCAACAAAAGGCAGAAAAUGCCGCCAUCUCGUCGUCCACUCCACAGCCAUCAACCUCCUCCCAGGGCUCCAGCAGCUCAUCAUCCCUGGGCCAUGCAUCACCCUCUUCCAAUUUAUCAAGUUCUGUAGGCAGUGGCGGAUCAACGCCACAACAUCAACAAAUCUACACCACAAGCAAUACAACUACCAUGGGAUUCUCACCCGCGGCUUCGACACUAACAACCUCUAAUACAACUCCCACGUGUAUGGCUUCGCCUUCGGGAGCCUCAACCUCUAGCGGUAUUUCUUCAAUCAGCAGUUAUGGUGGCGGUGCUGGUAUGUCACCAUCUCAUCUCUCGCCUCAUACGCCGCCUUCCAAUUACCAUGCCUCAGCAUCGCCGGCGCUUAGUUUACAAAGCGAUUGUUCAUCGCCAACAUCAUCUACAACAUCUCUAUCGCCGGCACCUCUUAUGGAUGGCGGCCAUGCUACUACUUCGGCAAAUGUCUCCAUAACAGCUACGGCAGCCGCUGCAAGCUCAGUAUCGGGCGCUUUUGCUUCAUUGGUAAGUGGUAAUGGUACAAAUGCUGGACCGUCAACAACUGGCGCUAUUACAACAUCAACUGCACAAACAGUUAUAAAUUCGGCAGUUUAAAUUGCGAUAAGCCAAGGAGCCUAAUAGGUAUUUUUUUAAUUUAACUUUAACAAAUCAAAAAAUACACACACACACACACACACAGGUAUGAUUAUGAAAAUCUUGCAAAAAAGAGUAUGUGGCAACGAAGAGAAAUUGUUUUUUAACUACAUAUAUAUUUUGCGAAGAAAAGUGUUCCCAAUUGUAAAAAAUUUCGUUACAAAAACAGCAAGUAUUGCUGUAGAAUAUAUCAGAGUUUUAGCCAAGGGCCACUGAGUUCAAAAUCGUA